GUCAGCCAAAAGCUUGUAGCAGGCCGUUGCUUCCUGUUCCUACAUUAAACAGCAAGAUUGGUACAAUACGGUAAAUUAUUUCCAGCGAUCCAGUGUAAGCAACAGUAGAUGCACAGUGUUCUCUUGCCAUGACUCAGCAAGAGCAGGAUGAGUUUUGUGAGAGCCUGGAAGGAGCUCUGUCUUGGAUGCAGACCAUACAGGAGAGACUGAAGGCCAAUGACAACACCCAGGGCCCCAGGGCUGCGCUGGAGGCGCGCCUCAGAGAGACAGAGAAAAUUCACCUGGAGGAGGAUGAGGGUCGGUUGAAGGUGGACAAGGUCCUGGUGGCUUCGGAGGUUCUGCUGCAGAACGGUGACGAUGAAACGAAGAGCCGAACCCACGCCAAGCUGAAAGAGCUGAAGUCACUGUGGGAGGAGACGUCAACGUACAUUAUUCACUGUCACAGUCGUAUCGAGUGGGUGUGGCUGCACUGGAGCGAGUACAUGAAGGCCUGCGAGGAGUUCCAGCUGUGGCUGAUGAAGAUGCGCCGGGCCCUGGAGCCGGAGCUGGAGCUCCAGCUGGGCGUCCAGGAGAAGCUGUGGCAGCUGGACCACCACCGUGUGCUGCUGAGCGAUGCCCACGCCCAGGCCCAGCUCCUGGAGAGGCUGCUGGACGAGGCCUCCACCCUGCACAACCGCACCCAGGACCCCAGCGUGGACGUGGAGGCCCAGGAGGGCCUUCAGGAGGCCUACAACCAGACCAGGGACCAAGCGCAGGAAAGAGUGUCGCGGCUGGAGAAGAUUGUUGAGGAGCAUCAGCUUUUUCAAAGCUGUGUGCAGAAGUUCCAUGUGUGGCUCUUCUCAAAGACUGAGGAGCUCAACCAAUGCAAUGAGAUGGAGGACACUCCAGAAAACAAGCUAAAAGCCCUACAGGACCUGUGGGACAGCACCAGCGCCGAGGAGAAGACCCUGCAGCACAUCGACGGCCUGGCCGAGGCUGUGAAGACCACCACCUCCCCCAGGGGCUCGGAGGAGAUCGCCCGGGAGGUGGAGAGUCUCCAGGAGGCCUGGGAGAAGCUGAGACGGGGCCUGGUCCGGGUGCAGGACGGGCUCCAGACCGCGCUCCGCUCCCAGAACGAGUACUCCGCCCGCGCCGAGCAGCUCCGCGUCGACGUCGCCCAGCUGCGAGCGCUCGUCCAGAGGAUGAACCGAGAGCUGGAGACCAAAGACGGGGAGAAGACCGAGGAGCAGCUCGUGGCCUUGUGGAGGAAGUACAUGAACAUCAGGAACACGCUGGCAGGGGAGGAAUCGCACAUAGAGCAGCUGAAGGCCCAGCUCAAAGAGCUGUUCCGCUUUUCUCAGGACGCUAAGCCGCUCUCCGAAGACGUGCUCACUGUAGUCAAAGAGUACCAGAGCGUGAAAGGCCGGGCCUUCAAGCUGUCGACGGAGAUGGAGACGGGUCUCAGGCAGGUUCUGCAAGACCCGCUCCGUGGCUACGGCCAGUGGAGCCAGCUGGUGUCCCAAAUCUUGGAGGCCUCGACGGAGGUGUCCGAGUUCUCCCACAUCGCCGUGCUGGUGCAGAACAUCGAGAAGCUGCUGAAGCACAGUCUGCAGCUGCAGGAGCGUCUCAGCCUGCUGCAGGUGAAAAGGGAUCUGCUGGGGAACGUGUUCGGCCAGGAGAAGGCUGAAGGCCUGCUGGACGAGCUGAGCUCCGCCAUGAGGAACAGAGAGCUGCUGCACAGCCAGCUGCAGCAGAAGAAGAGCCGCCUACAGGGUUGGAUAUCAAGGACAAAGGAUUUUGGAGAUGCUUAUGAAUCCAUCCACAAAAAACUCUCUCUGAUCAGUGAGAGAUUUAUCGUUGCUGAUGCACUGCAACCUGAUAUACUGGCCAAGAAAAGUCAAUCUGACCAGCUAAAGGUAAUCAAGAAGGACCUGGAGGAAUGCGAGGCUCACAUAACGGCUCUGGAGACUUUGGUUUCCUCAAACUCCGCAAACAAGAUGAAGUUUGACCAGCUCAAUGCUGAGUGGAAAGCACUAUAUAAAGCUGUCAGGGUGAAGGUGUACGAGAGUGAGCGCAGUAUCGAGGAACACGAGAACUUCCAUGAGAACCAGCUGAACCUGGAGAAGUGGCUGAUGGUCAUGAAGCAGAAGCUGGAGUCCUUCUGCAGUGGUGGCGGGGAGUGGAGUGUGGAGAACCGGCUCCAUGAGGCAGAGAGGGCGCUGGGGGAGUUUCCUGAGAAGGAGAUUCAGCUGCACCAGACGGAGGUUCAGGGUGAAGGUGUGCUCGCCCGAACAUCUGAGGAAGGAAGGGUGCACAUCCGGAGGGACCUGCAGCGUCUAAAGGAGGCCUGGGCAUCCCUCCACACCCUCAGCCUCAACCUAUUCAGAUUGCUGAACAGCCAUGAGGUUUCCAGGACCACAGAAAUCUCUAUGGUGGGGCAGGAUUUCUCUGACUUCUAUGGUAGUGAUGAUGUCAGAGGCAAAGCAGAGGACCUCACCGGGGCAAGCAGAAGAGCACUCCUGGUGGAAGGAGGGGACAUUGCCAGACUGAGAGGGCGCCUGGCUGAAGGUCUUUCAGAGGGAGCAGGUCUAGGACACAGGCUCAGUGUGGAGGGAGAGUUAAGCCCCACAGACAAGGGAACAGGGGCUUGGAUCCACCGCAGCGAACAGACCCCAGGUCGGGGUCCAGUGAGACUCCAUAAGGGAGAGUUCCCCAGGGGAGAAAUCGGCGGUGCCUAUGACGGUGCAUGGCUCCAGAUCAGCCAGUCGGAAGGUGCAUUCGGGGCAGUACCUUCGAGAGGAGCGUACAGCCACGGCCGGAAAACCAGCACAGGAAGUGAUGAGGAGACUGAGGAGCGGGUUAGAGGAAGUUCUUCCAGGAAGACCAGGAGGCGUAAGACCCAGGGAAAGACCGAGGCACAAGGCCUGCAUUCUCCACCUGCUGGAACUACGGCUACAGAUGGGCCCAUUCGAUUCAGACUGGCAGGAGCGGUCCAGGGUCAGGGAGACUUCGAAGCGCGUCGGCGAGAGUUCGAGGCGUGGCUGCAGGGCGAGAACGGCAGACUUUCCAGGAUUCUGACCCAGAAGGGCGCUCUGAGCGCAAAAGAGCUGAAGAGCCGGCAGCUCAGUCUCAAGGACCUGCGGUCCCGUGUUGGCUGGGGGCAGGGCCAGUUCCUGCAACUGCAGAAGAGUUCCGGAUGGCAAGGGGGCCUGGAAGACCUGGGUCUGGAUGACCUGCAGUAUCGCUGGGUUCUCUACAAAUCCAAGCUGAAUGAAGUGGGAGACCUGAGGGCCAUUCCGAGACCCAAGGGCGGUGAUACUGAAGCAGAGGUACCUAUAAGGACCGGAAAGCAGAAGCACUCUGGCUUCCUGUAUCGCGUGUGCCGUGUGGCCCUGCCCCUGCAGCUCCUGCUCCUGGCUCUGCUGCUGUUGGCCUUCUUCCUCCCCCUGAUGGACGAGGGUGCCAGCUGCUCCCUCACCAACAACUUCGCUCGCUCCUUCAACAUCAUGCUGCGCUACCACGGCCCCCCGCCCACGUAAGAGGCAGCCAGCACCACCAACACACUCAGCUCCCAGGCUGCUGUGACAUCACAUGGUACACACGUGUUUUUGCCUUCCUGUUGCUAGGCUUCCUUAAUCAGUAAUCUGACGAAGAGUAAUGAGCCUGGAUAAAAGAAUAGUGAGUGUGGUGGUAGAAGUUCAGCGCCCAUUUUGUGAUUUCCUUGUUGAUCUUUCACUGUUAACUCUUCUCACUCGCUGUAAUGGAGGGUGUCGUUGUUUAUCGGCCUGGUAAAUUAAGCUUUUGCACACACGCAUACAUGUUUUUGAGGAAGUCUGUUUAGCUUUUCUUCCAGAAAGAAAUGAAUGAGUGUUCCAGUGUUCAGGAAAAGCUUUUAGACCAGGUGUUGGCAGGCCUGGUCCUGGAGAGUGAGUGUGCUGGCUGUCCUUGUUACUCAGCACUUAAUUGAUCAAUGUUCAUUACGUCAGUUCAUUACAUGGUUGUUUUGUAGGUCUGAAUCAAUUGCUGAUUUUAAGGUUAAAACAAAAGCCUCCAUACCCUUCGGCUCUCUAGGACCAAGGUUGCUGACCUGUGUUGUAGACAGAGAGCUAUGAAAUAUGCUAUCUAUACCAAAUAACUGCUUUACAUAGUUUCUGGAUAUUUAUCUACGGAUUUGUAGUUUCUUCAAACCAGGUAGUAACCACAUUUCAUGGGUUAUAUGAACACAUUAGGAAAUGAGUGUGAUUCAGAACUUUAGGAGUAUGAAAUACAAAGAAAUUAGCUACAAUCCAAAUAAUAUGGUCAUAUGCCUAUCAGUUUUAAGCUUCUGUUUAAAGUGUCAAUCCUUAGUUUCUCAGUUUUGGUGGAUUUGGUGACAUCUGUGGUGACAGGUGGUCACAACAGUUCAUUUUCAUAAUCCAAGUCCCAGAGUUCCAUUCGAAAAGCAGCUACAGCCCCAAACAAAGCAGUAUCAUUUGCUUAUAGCACUUCUGUAGCGCUAGGAGCACAUUGACUGUUUUCUUUUCUUAGAAGAUAAUCCAGCUGUUGUGUAUUUGGGAGAAAGAAGACUGCCAAGAGAUUGCCUAUUGGGCAAUAUAUGAAACUUAAUUUUAAAGACAAGACAAGACAUGAUACAUCUAGAUAUGCUAGAUAUGCUGAAGUUAGCACAGUAUAAACCCAUCAGACAUCUUUUAUCUAAGUCUUUUUUUCUUGCAGUUUGAGUUUGGGUUUUUCUCUCCACUGGGGAGUUUUUUACCUCUUGUGCUUGCUAUUUGAGGAUUCAGGCCUGGUGUUUCCCCCUUUCCCCCCUCUGUUACUCUGUAAAGUGUUAUAACAGUCUGAAUAGCUGUUUAUAGGGACUUGCUCUUCUGCAUUUAACAGUCAAGGUCAUGUCACUGCGUCAUCAUAUUUUUAUUAUUUGAAUACUUUGAAUACUAUAAUUUGAAUCGCAGCUGAUGGCGCCAACGGAAAAUAACAUUUAGAGGAGCAGGUAGAGAAUGCAAAUGCAUCGAAUGGCUUUUGCUACCGAAAUUCCAGUGUAUCAAAUAUGGCAUUUUUAAUAGGAAAAAAAUAAGGAUUGACACUUUAUUCUGAUUCUGAUUUCAGUCCGACUCAUGCACUGGAUGCUAUUAUGUUUAAUCAUAGUACGUCACAAUGCUUCAUCGGUGAUCUUCAGCACUGUUACAAGAUGCUAUGAUUGUAUGUCCAUGCAUGUGUUUAAACACAUUUGUCAGUUACAAUAUGUUAGCAAUAUUUGUCUCAUGUAUAUAUUCUGUACAUUAUGUACACGCAGUAUAUCCUCUAACUUGCUAAAAUCCCACACCUACGUGGAAUUGUAUUUAUAUUAUAUUAAUAUUGGUGCUUUACACUUUAGCAUUCAGCACUACUGUUUGCUGUGUAUCCAUCAUUGUCUGAAUGCAGUAAUUAUGAAGCAAUCGUCCUUGACUCGAUGUAUUCUGGACUGAGAUGUGGGGGGGAAUUUCCUCUCUUGACUCCACUUCUAAACUUCCUGUGGCCUAUUGACCUCUCCCUUCAUCCUCUGCUUGUUUAAACAACGGUUUACAGUAUGUUUCUGCCCUCCUUGUAACUAUGGCAACGCAGAGACAAUCCAGUUAUGCACACAGGGUUGUGAAGAUCUUCAUCAUAGAAGUGGUUUUGCUGCCUGAACGUUAUGAUUAUUAAUAUGAUUGUGAGAUUUUAUUUUGUCAUCUUGUGUAAACAUGGAGUCAGGCAGUGGCCUCAACUGCGUCAUGCUGUCUAACUUGAGGUGGCAGUAUUGGUCAUUACAAAACAACACAAUUAAGCACAAAAAAAACACAGAAGAAGAUAAGCCUUGCAUUGUCUUUCAGCAGUAUUAUGCAGAUGUACAUAAACUAAUUUAUCUAUAAUGCUGCACUAGUUAAUGGAUAUUAAAUCUUACAAAAUACAUUUAACCACCACAAACCUUUCCAUACAUGUCUACUUAUAAUAGUUGGUUAGUCACUUAUUUAUAAGGAAAUAAUUAUACUUCAAUGAGAUAAAAGUCUUACAUUGAUACUGCAGUUAUGAAGUACGUAUGGCACUUAUUAUUAUUGCACUGCAAUUAUAUAUGUAAUAUCUGUACUGUAUAUCUUUGCUUAAUUAAUCCGGGUAUCAUAUAUGCAUGUUAUACGCACGCACGUAUAUACUUUAGUUCGACACACACACACACACACACACACACAUAUUUGUGCUUAACGUACAGUACAGUCUGGAUGUUUGAGCUGUUGUACACAAUGAAUCCUUUUUUUGAAGGAUAUUUGAUGAAUUUAAAAUAUUGCUAUGCAGAAACAUUCUUGUUCUCAAGCAGGGUGUUAAUACAAAAAUGAAUAUAAAGGCUGUCAUACGCACAGCCAGGACAGAAGAUGCAAAGCUUUUGUAAAAUGAUACAAUUGCUAUAUUUUGUUACAGCAUUUUGAAGAAUGAAGUACUAUCAAGCAUUUAUUUUAAAAAUGUAUCAUGUAUGUAACCAGUAUUUUUGUAUGCUUAUCCUACAUACAAUAAACACCAUUUGACCCUU